AUGGAAGAAAAAUCUCUGGGUGGCAGCAAGUAUCUGCUGCUGAUCGUGGAUGAAGCCAGCGGAUGCAUGAAGGGUUUUUGUCUGCAUUCCAAGUCAGAGAGCGAAGAGUGCAUCAAGAAGUACAUCACGAUGAUACAGACGCAGUUCAACAAGAAGGUCAAAUUUGUGCGACACGAUGGAGCCCGCGAGUUUGCGACGAACUCGCUUCAAGAUUUCUACGAAGUCGAAGGCAUCGAGCAACAAACCACGGUGCCAUACGCACAUCAAGCCAAUGGAACUGCUGAACGCGCGAUUCGAACUAUCGUCACCAUCGGUCGUAGCAUGCUCCAUCAUGCCAAGUUGGACAAGUGCUUCUGGGCUGAAGCGGCAAUGACGGCCGUCUAUGUGAAGAACCGUUUGCCGUCACCCAAGAUUCCACACAAGACACCGUUCGAGAUUGUCUACAAUUCUAAGCCAAGUGUCAAGCACAUGCGCGUUUUUGGGUGCCAAGCAUACAUCUUGACCCCGAAGGAGAAACGACUCAAGUGGGAUGCCAAGGCUCGUGCAGGUGUGUUCAUGGGAUACGAAGAAGUUUUAAAAGCGUAUCGAGUUUACGACAUCGAAGCGGGGCAGGUGAUGAUAAGUCGCGAUGUCAACUUCGAUGAGUCGGCCUUUGGAAUGUCGAUGCUGAUUUCCGAUGACGAUGUUGAUGGCCUGGACUUCGAAUCGAUCGAUCUUGAUGAUGAAGAACCGCGUCCGAGACACUUCAAACAAACAGGAAAGCGCAAGGCCCAACCCAGUCACGACAAUGACGACGCAAGAAUGCCCCGAGCAGUGCGCCAACGACCCGGAUUGGAAGAGUCAAGUGCGCCGGAUGACCUCUCUUCACGUCGAGCCAACGAAGAUGAAGAAAGGAAGUCGGAGGAACAACAUGACACACCGACUUCCUCCUCGUUUUGGCAUGCGAGUGCAAACGCCGUCGAAGCAGCGGUCGAUUUUUCGGAGCCGUCGACAUUUGAAGAAGCAGUGUCUGGCCCGGACCAAGUACACUGGCGCAAGGCAAUUGAUGCGGAGCUCGAUUCGAUGAAGCUUCGCGGUGUCUUUCGUGCGGCCAAGUUACCCAACGGACAAAGCGCCAUUGGCACAAAGUGGGUCUUCAAGAUCAAGCGCAAAGCGGACGGAUCCAUCGAGAGUACAAAGCACGUCUUGUGGCAAGCAAAAGGCUUUCGCCAGAAGUAUGGAAUCGACUACACAGAGACGUUUUCUCCCGUGGUCAAGUAUGUGACGCUGCGAAUGGUCAUCGCCAUUACCAAGCACUUUGGAUGGCCCCUCGACCAGCUCGAUGUGGUGACUGCGUUCCUGUAUGGAGUGAUGAAGGAGAAGGUGUUCUGCGCUGUUCCGGAAGGCGUCAAGAUGGAAGGUGAUUUCGACUGUCUCGAGCUGAUCAAGGCGAUCUACGGUCUCAAGCAAGCCUCGCGUGUUUGGAACGAGACCUUCGACGAGUUCAUACGCUCGAUUGGUUUUCAAGCGUCGGGAUUCGAUCCAUGUCUCUACAUCAUGACUUCGGAAGGCCAUUGUGUUUUUGUGCUGGUCUACGUGGACGAUGUCUUGGUGACUGGAAGCUCGCUCGAGAUGAUUGCGCGCACCAAGAACGACCUCAAGACACGCUUCGAGAUGACGGACAGCGGCAAGUGUGCCUUUGUUCUUGGGAUCGAGUUAUUGGACGGUGAAGAUGGCAGCGUGACUAUGUGUCAGCGCCGUUAUGUCGACGAUGUCCUCAAGCGCUUUGGAAUGGAUGAGUGCAAGGCUGUGGCAAGUCCGGUGGACGUCAGCUCUCGACUGGUUCCAAGCAACUCUGCAAGCAAGGUGGAUGUCCCAUUCCGUGAAGCAGUGGGUGCUUUGAUGCAUCUGACGACUGCAACGCGACCGGACAUCGCCUAUGCUGUAAGCUUUGUGUCACGGUUCAUGGAGAAACCCCAAGAAGAACACUGGGUUGCAGUCAAGCGCAUCUUCCGCUACCUACAAGGCACCAAGAUGCAUGGAAUCUGCUACAAGCCAAGUGCGAAGAUCGACUUUCGUGGCUAUUCAGAUGCAGACUGGGCCGGUGACCUUGCUGAUCGCAAAUCGACGUCCGGCUACGUCUUCAUGCUAUUGGGUGCUCCGGUGAGUUGGGGCAGCAAGAAACAGCCAAGUGUGUCACUGUCUACAAGCGAAGCGGAGUACAUCGCGCUCAGCCUGGCGAUCCAAGAAGGCAAGUGGAUCAAUCGCUUGCUGUGCGAGAUCAUGGCGGCUGCAAACGAAGAAGGACCCGAGCUCGUCAUCCGUGAAGACAACCAGUCGUGCAUCAAGAUGACGAAGAAUCCGGUCAACCACGGCCGCGCUAAACAUAUCGACAUCAAGUACCAUCACAUCCGUGAUGAAGUCAAGCGCGGCGAAGUGAAGCUUGAAUACUGCGAGACGACGUUGAUGUUGGCGGACAUCAUGACGAAGGGACUUCACGGACCGCGUCACAAGGACUUGACGGCGGCGCUUGGCAUCCGUGCGUGUUCGGAUUGA